AUGGUUGAUUUUGACUCGAAUAAGCUUGAUGCUCUGAGCCAGAUUCGCAUUGGCGUCGUCUCUAGCUCUGGCUCUGACUCUGACUCUGACUUCAUUAGUGAGCAACUGAAAGAUCACUUUGGGAGUAGCAUGUACAGUCAAGGCUUGACUGCUGGCCGGAAGCUGAUAUCUUAUCCAGUAAAGAAAAAUCCGAGACUAGUAUCCUGUGUGAAAACAUCUGAAGCUCCUGCAGUAGCCAAGAAUGAUGAUUCCAAUAAACAAGGGUCAGUGGAGAAGAAUUCUCAGCGAAAUGCAUUUUUUCCGAGUGGAUUUGAAGCAUUGGUACUGGAGGUCUGUGACGAGACAGAGGUUGCUGAGCUGAAACUGAAGGUUGGGGACUUUGAAAUGCAUCUGAAGCGGAAUGUUGGGGCUGCAAAAGCUCCCUUGACAUCAUCAACACCAGCACCACCUAUUCCAACUCCACCAAUGGAGGUAUCAGCAACUGUUUCUACAGCACCAGCACCGUCGCCAUCUAAAUCCUCUGUCGAGAAAUCCACUCCCUUUACAAAUGUCUCCUUUGGGAAGUCAUCUAAGCUGGCAGCGUUAGAGGCUUCUGGAGCUAGUGGAUAUGUUCUAGUUGCUUCUCCAACUGUUGGUUCAUUCCGAAGGAACAGAACAGUAAAAGGAAAGAAGCAGCCACCUAUCUGUAAAGAGGGUGAUGUGAUUAAAGAAGGACAAGUGAUAGGAUAUUUAGAUCAAUUUGGUACUGAACUUCCUGUGAAGUCUGAUGUGGCCGGAGAAGUAUUGAAGCUCCUUUUUGAUGAUGGAGGUAUCAACUAUUUUAUUGUCACUUGUAGAUUUUUAGCAUCUGAAUUUUUUGAAUAA